CUUCUGUCCUGGUGGGGCUCUGCUGCGCCUGAGACCCUGGCCCUCAGGGUUGGUGGUGCUCUGAGGGGACCCCAGGCUGGGGCACAGCUCCUGCACUCUGGGAUGUUGGGCCCAGGGGGGUCCCCAGGGGCAGAGGUCACGUGCGGAGGGGAGUGAGGCCGCGACGCCUCCCACGCCUCCCAGGCCCCAGUUCCCAUCGCAGCCCGGCCUGGAACCCGCUCUGUGCGUCGGCCUCUGACGGCCCAUCUGUGGGGCUCAGUUUUUCCUAUGUGUAGCAUGGGGACCGCCCGGCGCCCCCGUCCCUAUGGGGACACGGUGCCUGCCUUUGCCGUCACAGGCUUGCUUCACCCCUGCUUGAGCACAGGGGGGUGGGCAGGGUCAGGACCCCAUCUCCCUUUGGGGCAAAGGCCCAGAGAGGUUGAGGCGCAGGGGUGAGCAGGGUUAGCUGAGGACCUGGAUGUGGGGGGGCUGGAGGGGUCGGUGCAGGGCUGCGGCAGGGGGGUGCAAGCAGCGCCUGGAACUCAGAACCAGAACCCAGAACCCACCUGGUGGCUGGCUGCAGCCAAUCGGAGGCCGGGCGCCCGGGCCCCCUGCUCUAUGAAGCAACAAUGCAGGGUCUCCGGGGGUGUGGGCAGCCCUGCUGCUCGUCUGGGUCGGGACCCCUGGGAGCUCAGGGCAGGCUGACCGCGCUGUGGGGCCUGCUGGAGGGCAGACGGAGGGGGCGGAUGGGGACAGCACCGGCUCCCGCCUCCGGGGAGGUGUCCAGGUUUGCGCCCCGACGGCAGUGGAUGGGAGGGAUUUCCCAGAGGCCUCCGUGGGCUGCGCCCCACAGGGAGCCGGGCGGGGUCUGACGGUGUCUCCCGCUGCCCGCAGGCUUCGGCACCCCCGUGGAUGAGCCCGCCCGCCGCUGCGAGCCGGCGCCUGGCGUGAGGAGGCCGCACCGCUGGCAUGCCCUCGGCCUGAGCCCAGCGCCGCCGCCCCCCGCCACCCUGCACCGGCCCGGCUCCCCUGAGGCCCCCACGCUGCAGUGCGGCCGGGCCCCCUCCCCGCAGGGGCCGCCCCCGCCGCCCACGUCUGGUGCCCGGGGCGGCCCGGCCCGCAGGGCCAUGAAGCUGCAGGCCGUGAUGGAGACGCUCCUGCAGCGGCAGCAGCGGGCCCGCCAGGAGCUGGAGGCCCGGCAGCCCCCGGCGCCCCCGCCGCCCGCGCCCGCCGAGCUCCCCGCCGGCCCCCCGGCCCGCCCCAGGGCUGCCCCGGACGAGGACAGGGAGCCGGAGAAGGCCCGGAUGCAGCGGGCCCAGAUGGCCGCCCUGGCCGCGAUGCGGGCGGCCGCCGCGGGCCUCGGACCGGCGCCAAGCCCCGGCGGCUCGGAGGACGGGCCCCCCAGCCUGGAGGACGAGGACGCGGCCCGGGAAGGCGCUCCGGGCUCACCGGCCCCCGCCGGCCGAGGGAGGGAGGCGCCGGGACACGGCGACGGCGACGGGCACUUUGAGGACAUGGGCUCCGACGGUGACCUGAAACUGAAAUGGGAGGAGGAGGAGGAGGAGGAGGAGGAGCUGGAGGAAGACCUGGAGGAGGACGAGGAGGACGAGGACGAGGAGGAGGAGGACUACGAGGACGAGGAGGGGCUGGGGCCCCUGGGCUCCCCCGGCCUGGGCCCCGCAGCCCUUGUGCCCCGCAGGGCCCCGCUGUCCCAGGCCUUCCGCGGCGACGGCGGGCCGCGGGCGCUGGGGGGCCAGGAGCGUCAGGGAGCCAGCCUGGCCCACGCCGGCGGGACAGCCCACGUGGCGCCCCCGCUGCAGCCGCCCGACCACGGGGACUGGACGUACGAGGAGCAGUUCAAGCAGCUCUACGAACUGGACGGGGACCCCAAGAGGAAGGAGUUCCUGGACGACCUGUUCAGCUUCAUGCAGAAGCGAGGGACGCCCGUGAACCGCAUCCCCAUCAUGGCCAAGCAGGUGCUCGACCUGUUCAUGCUGUACGUGCUGGUGACGGAGAAGGGCGGCCUGGUGGAGGUCAUCAACAAGAAGCUGUGGCGCGAGAUCACCAAGGGCCUCAACCUGCCCACGUCCAUCACCAGCGCUGCCUUCACCCUGCGGACCCAGUACAUGAAGUACCUGUAUCCCUACGAGUGUGAGAAGCGCGGCCUGAGCAACCCCAACGAGCUCCAGGCCGCCAUCGACAGCAACCGGCGGGAGGGCCGGCGCCAGAGCUUCGGGGGCUCGCUCUUCGCCUACUCGCCGGGCGGCGCCCACGGCAUGCUGUCCUCGCCCAAGCUGCCCGUGCCCUCCCUGGGCCUCGCCGCCAGCACCAACGGCAGCUCCAUCACCCCGGCCCCCAAGAUCAAGAAAGAGGAGGACGCCGCCAUCCCCAUCACCGUCCCCGGCCGCCUGCCCGUGUCCCUGGCGGGUCACCCCGUGGUGGCAGCCCAGGCGGCGGCAGUGCAGGCGGCGGCAGCGCAGGCAGCCGUGGCGGCUCAGGCAGCGGCCCUGGAGCAGCUCCGGGAGAAGCUGGAGUCUGGGGAGCCUCCCGAGAAGAAGAUGGCCCUGGUGGCGGACGAGCAGCACCGGCUCAUGCAGCGUGCACUGCAGCAGAAUUUCUUGGCCAUGACGGCCCAGCUGCCUAUGAGCAUUCGCAUCAACAGCCAAGCCUGCGACAGCCGCCAGGACCCCGCGGCGAACCUGGGCAGCCCCAACGGCAGCAACAGUAUUAGCAUGUCGGUGGAGAUUAACGGGAUCAUGUACACAGGAGUGCUGUUCGCUCAGCCACCCGCACCCGCGCCACCCUCAGCUCCCGGCAAAGGCGGCGGCGGCCGCGGAGGCAGCGGCGGGACCUGCAGCAGCGCGGGCAGCCAGGCCGGGCCGGCGGGGCUGUCCACACCCGCCACGUCUUCUACCUCAAAUAACUCAUUGCCUUAACCGCUCCGCUCCCCACCCGCCCCCGCCGCCCCCGGGGAGCCCGCCGGGCUGGGGGGGCAGGCGGGCCGCAGGGCCGGGGCGGCGGAAGACACGGGUGGGGAGGGCAGGGAUCCACAAAGGAGCCACAGCUAACGCCAAAAAGAAAAGAAAAAGAAAUAUAUAUAUACGUAUAUAUAUAUAUAUAUAAAGAAAAUUUAAUAAAACAGGGGAAAACCAAGGAACACUUGAAAUUACUCAGGUUCGGACAUUGAGAGACGUGGAUUGUGAGAUCAGCGAAGGAGACCGGAGGAGCGAGGGGCGUGUUUCCGGGGCCGCGGCCCUGCGGGACCAGCUGCCGGGGCCGGGUCCGUGCGGGCCGGUCCCCGUGGAGGCCGAUCCUGUUUACCUCAUACAUCUCUGCACUCUACCCGCGGUGACCAAGUGGACACGGCGCCCGCCCCGCUCGACCCUGCGGUCCUGGUUAGAGGUCUGACUCGAUGCCAAACCCCCGCCCCGGCCCAGGGCGUCCGUGUGCACCGCCCUGCCCGGGCCCCUCCGCCUGGAGCCGUGCGCCCGCGGGGCCCCGUCGGGGUGUCGCAUCCUGGGGGCGCGGGUGUCCCGCCGAGCGGCGAUGACUGUAGGGGCGGCCUCGGUGCCCCCCGCAGCCCCUGCGGCUCCGGCCCGGGGUGUAGGGAAGGGGCGGCCUCCGGGGGCCCGUCAGGACCCCCUCCUGCAAACUGGGGGAUGGGGUCGGGGCGGCCUGUCCGCCCUUGGCUUGUGCGCUGUUCAUUCCCGGGCAGGUGGCGCUUUGCAGCACGGCGAGGGCGGGGACCCCAAACUCAGGGUGAAGAGGAGCCCCCGGGGCUCCCCUGCUGGCGACCUUGCUUCCAGAAUCUUCCGCAUGACCCCCUGAGCUGGGGGCUGGGCUGUCUGGGGCCGGGCGGCGGGUUAGUUUCCAUGGUUCUGCAUUUCUACACCACUUUCCCGCUUUUAUCACUUUUGCCCACUUUGUCCUCCCCCCUCCACCCCCCUUAAUUUUGCUUUUGCAUUUUUUUUUUUUCUUGGCAAACAUGAACUCAGCCUUUCAUUCCUGACAUGUGAAAUUUCAGUUUCUCUGGGGUUUGUCAGACGGCGUGGGUGCUGCGCCGGGACUCAGGUUAACGUGAAAAAAAACUUUUAAAAUAAAAGGUUUAAACGACUCUACCUCUGGCCGGGCCUGGCCUGUCGCGCCCUGGCCACGGCGGGGCAGCCUGUAUCGAUUUCAGUUUUUGCAGAACAUUCAGGUAUUAAAAGGGAAAAAACAAAAAAACAACAAUAAAAAAAAAAGACAAAAGACCUAAAAAAAAGAAAACCAUAAAAAAAAAGGAAGAAAAAAAGGUGUGUGAUUUUGAAAUUUAAAAGAACACUGAAAGUUUACAUUUUAUAACAUUAUUAUGCAGAUUGUAUUUAAACUUCAGAAAUAUUUAAGACAAUUGUAACCCUGUAAAGCUGAUGAGAUAUUAAAACAAAACACUUCUGACAGAA